UCAGACUUCAGCAAUAGUUCCUGUUUAUGCAUCAAUGCCAAGUGAUUCAAACAAAGAAGUCCUUGUCUAUGCUCUGUUAGAUUCACAAAGUGAUUCUUCAUUCAUUCUUGAAGAAGUGGCAGAUGCUCUUGAUGUUAAUGCAGAGCCAGUCAAGUUGAAGCUGUCUACAAUGUCUUCCAAGGAGACAAUUGUACCAUGCAAAAGACUCAAAGGUCUACAAAUAAGAGGGUUAUCUUCUUCUAAGAAGAUCACAGUGCCAACGGUCUACACGCGCGAAUUCAUACCUGCCAAUCGAACACACAUUCCAACACCAGAGACUGCAAAGGCGUGGCCUCAUUUAGAACAUCUUGCGGAACACAUUGCCCCGCCGAAGAAAUGUGAAAUCGGUCUUCUUAUCGGGUAUAACUGUCCACAAGCACUAAUGCCUAGAGAAGUUGUAUGUGGUGAGGACAACCAGCCCUUCGCACAGAAAACUGACGUAGGCUGGAGCAUAGUGAGCUAGGGUGAUCCAGGCGAACACUACAGUGAUGCAAUAGGAGUAAGUCACCACAUCAUUGUAAAGCAAGUGACCCCUGAACCCAAAGUAACAAGUAAGUUGAAGAGCGAAGUUCAUUAUGUUUGCAAAACAAGAAUUAAGGAGAUGACUGCUCCAGAAGACAUACUUAAGGUGCUGGAAUCUGACUUCAGUGAAAGGCUUGGAGAAGAGACAAAUCUCUCGCAAGAAGAUCUCCGGUUUUUGACUAAAAUGAAAGAAGAAAUUAAGCACAAAGAAGACGGACAUCUUGAAAUGCCUCUGCCUUUUAAACAGCGCAGGCCAGAGCUACCAAAUAACAAGCCAAGUGCUGUUCAACGCCUCAUGUGCUUGGAAAAGAAGCUCAAGAGAGACCAGAAAUAUCGGACAGAUUACAUGAACUUCAUGGAAGACAUCAGUCGUGGUGAAGCAGAAAAGGUCCCAGAAAAAGAGCUUGAUAAACGAUCAGCUUGGUAUAUUCCCCACCAUGGCGUAUACCACCCUCAAAAGCCAGAGAAACUGCGAGUGGUCUUUGAUUGUUCGGCAAGAUUUCAAGACAUGUCAUUGAAUGACUACCUUCUUACAGGGCCAGAGCUCACAAACACCUUGGUGGGAGUUCUUUGUAGAUUUCGAAAGGGCCCAGUCGCUAUUAUGUGUGAUGUGGAACGAAUGUUUCAUCAAUUCCAUGUAAAGCCUGAAGACCAAGACUACUUGAGGUUCUUAUGGUGGGAGAAUGGUGAUCUUGAGUCUCCGCCAUCAGUUUUUCGGAUGAAAGUCCAUUUGUUUGGAGCAGCUUCCUCACCUGGCUGUGCCAAUUUUGGACUUAAACAUCUAGCCACAGAAGGUCAAGAUCGAUUUAACCAAAGCACUGUCAAGUUCAUCCGAAGAAAUUUUUAUGUUGAUGAUGGACUGGUGAGUGUAAGGUCUGAUGCUGAGGCAAUCAAGCUGAUCAAGGAAGCAAGAGAGCUUUGCAGCACAGGCAAGCUUAGACUACACAAGUUCAUUUCCAACAGCAAGAAGGUAUUGGAGUCAAUACCAAAGGAAGAGUGUGCAGACAGUGUCAAAGAACUGGACAUAGAUUUAGGGGAGCCACUCCUAGAAAGAGCACUGGGCGUGCAAUGGUGCGUAUCCUCUGAUGACUUUCAGUUCAGAGUAACUGUCAAGAAACACCCAAUGACGAGAAGGGGAGUGCUAUCCACAGUAGCUUCCAUCUACGAUCCUUUGGGUUUCGUAGCACCGUUUGUUUUACGUGGGAAGUUGAUCUUGCAACAGUUGAGUCGAGAGAAAGCUAGUUGGGAUGAACCACUUUCAGAGGAGUGCAGAUCACAGUGGCAGUCAUGGUUACAAGAUCUCCAUAACUUGCGUCAAGUAAAGAUAAAGAGGUGCUACAUACCAGCAAGCUUCAUAGAUGUCAAGCAGUACGAGUUACAUCACUUCUCAGAUGCUAGCUUCACAGGUUAUGGGGAGUGCACUUAUCUAAGAGCAGUGAACUCUAAUGGCAGCGUACACUGCUCACUUGUCAUGGGGAAAGCGCAUGUUGCCCCCACUAAGGUCACAACAGUUCCAAGGCUUGAGUUGUCUGCAGCAGUGGUUGCUGCAAAGAUGGGUGCCAUCUUAAAACAUGAGCUCGAAAUAGACAACCUUAAGGAAUAUUAUUGGACUGAUUCAAAGGUUGUUCUCGGGUACAUUAAUAAUGAUGCCAGACGCUUUCAUGUUUUCGUGGCAAAUAGGAUCCAGAGAAUCAAAGCCACCACAGAUGUCAACCAAUGGUAUCAUGUGCAGUCCGAAGACAAUCCGGCGGAUCAUGCUUCGAGAGGGUUAUCGGCAGAUCGGCUCGUUGCUUCAAAUUGGUUCACUGGCCCAGACUUUCUGUGGGAAAGGGAGCUACCCACAAGAGAUGCUAAGGUGGGAGAGGUUAGUGAUAAUGAUCCAGAACUUCGAAGGGCUCAGGUGCUCAACACCAGCGCAAGGAUAAAUAGAACAUUGUUGGACCGCCUGACUAAGUUUUCUGAUUGGAAAAGAGUUGUUAAGGCUAUUGCUUGUCUUAAACGUCAUGCUAAGCAAGUUAAGGGUCUUAGUCCCAAACUCAAUGGAAGUACAAGUGUUGAGGAAAGACAACAAGCUGAACUUUUCCUAAUCAGAUUGGUCCAAACAGAAGUAUUCAGCAGUGAAAUCAAGAAUUUACAGCAAUCCAAGGACGUAAAAUCCAAAGACAAAGCAAACAAGCUAUGUAAAUUAAGUCCAUUUUUGGAUGAGCAGGGUGUGCUGAGAGUAGGCGGACGCUUAACAAGAAGUGAUCUUCAUACACAUGUUAAACAUCCUGCGAUUCUGCCAAAAACAAGUCACGUGUCUUCUUUAUUGAUCAAGCAUUAUCAUGAGAAAGUACAACAUCAAGGAAGAGGUAUGACUGUAAAUGAGUUGCGAUCUAAUGGGAUAUGGGUCAUUGGAUGCAGCAGUGCAGUUGCCUCACAUAUCUUUAAGUGCGUCACAUGCAGAAAGUAUAGAAGGAACACACAAGAUCCAAAAAUGGCAGAUUUGCCAGAGGACAGAAUGGAAAUGACCCCUCCAUUCACAUAUUGUGGCAUGGAUUGCUUUGGACCAUUCUAUGUGAGGGAUGCAAGAAAGGAACUGAAGAAGUAUGGUCUUCUCUUCACUUGUAUGUGUUGCAGAGCUGUACAUAUCGAAAUGCUUGAUGACCUCAGUUCAGAUGCAUUCAUCAAUGCAUUGCGCGUAUUCAUUGCAAUACGCGGGAAUGUAAGGCAGUUGAGAUGUGAUCAAGGUACCAACUUUGUGGGUGCAAAAAGAGUUCAUGGAUUCAAUGAAGAACUGGGAUCAUGAGCAGGUGAAGGAAUAUGGCUGUGAGUUUGUAAUGAAUCCCCCAUCAUCAAGCCAUAUGGGAGGAAUUUGGGAGAGGCAAAUAAGGACAAUCAGAAGUGUUCUAACAGCAAUUCUUGAUCAGUCUGCUAAAAGACUUGACACCGCCUCACUUAGGACUUUUUUGUAUGAAGUGAUGGCUAUUAUAAAUAGCAGACCGCUGACAACAGAGCACCUGAAUGAUCCCACAAGUCUUGAACCGCUCACACCAAAUCACAUUCUUCUGAUGAAGUCUAACAUCAUAUUGCCACCUCCGGGUCAGUUCGUGAGUCAAGAUUUAUACCUGCGUAAGAGAUGGCGUCAGGUGCAGUUCUUGGCGAAUGAGUUUUGGACAAGGUGGAGGAGGGAGUACCUUCUUAAUCUCCAGCAAAGACAGAUAUGGCAUGGGGAUAAAAGGAACACCAAUGUCAAUGACAUUGUUAUUCUUCAAGAGGACACUGCUCCGCGAAAUCACUGGAGACUAGCAAGAGUCACGGAGGUGUACCCCAGCUCUGAUGGAAGGGUCAGAAAGGUAAAGCUGUUGGUUAGUGACUCAACCUUGGACAAACAGGGAAAACGCACAACCAGGCCAGUUUAUCUUGAAAGGCCAGUGCAAAAAAUAGUACUACUUGUUGAAGCAGAAUAAGCAUGUGUUAAACUGUUGUAAAUGCUUAUAACUUGAAGAUGCAAAUCUGUGAAGAAAUCUCAAGUUGAGAUUUGGUGGGAGUUUAACUGCCAUAAAUGUAAAUUAUGUCAGUUUGUUUAAUUUAUUGUGUUCAUUUAUGUUAUUUAUUUUCUUUAUUUAUUGUUGUUCCUUUUGAGGUAGGAACUAAGGUUCAUUCUGUGUUGCGCACAGGCUUUUUUAGGUGACGUAAAGGGAAGUAAAAUGCAUGUGCAAAGAAGCUAAGUUAAUAAGUUAACUAAGUCAGAAGAAGGAAUAAAUAAGCAGUUUAAAGUAAAAGAAAGCUACAAAGAAGAAGAAAUUGGGAAUUAUUUUUGUUAAGUUUUUGUUCCUGAAGCAGACUCAUUCCCUCACGGUUACGUGCAGCCAGCGAGUUUGACGGUGGAUUUUAUGGUGUUUCUGAGGAGAAGUGUGACGGAAGAAUAAAUCCAUCAGUGAAUGAAGAACCGUGGUGUCGUGUAUUAACUGGAGGGAGUGAUAGUACCAUUUCUUCACUCAGCG